UUUCCUUUGGGAAGACGAGCUCCGUGUGAUAUCUACUGGCACGGUGUUUCCUUCCACGACAAUGAACACAUUGUUUCAGGGCAGGUCAACAAGUUCCCAGGGAUGGUUGAGAUGCUGAGGAAGAUCAACCUGAGCAGAGCCAUGAGGACCAUGCAGCAACUUUUCCCAGAGGAAUACGACUUCUAUCCUCGUUCCUGGAUCCUACCUGAAGAGUACCAGCAAUUUUCUGCUCAGAUUCGUCUGGGGAAGGAGAAUGAAACGGCGGUCACCCCCACCUUCAUUGUUAAACCAGACGGGGGAUCUCAGGGAGACGGGAUCUACUUGAUCCGGGACCCCAGCGAUUUGAAGCUCGUGGUGGGCUCUCAGGCCAAACAGGCUGUGGUCCAAGAGUACAUUCCGAAGCCGUUACUGAUCGACAAGCUGAAGUUCGACAUCCGUUUGUACGUGCUAAUCAGGUCGCUGGAGCCAUUAGAGAUCUACAUCGCCAAAGAAGGCCUGACCCGGUUCUGUACUGAACCCUACCAGGAACCCAGCCAGAAGAAUCUGAGCCACGUCUUCAUGCACCUGACCAACUACUCCCUGAACGUGCACAGUGGAAACUUUGUGCACUCAGACAGCCAGAACACAGGCAGCAAGCGCACCCUGUCCAGCGUGCUGUACAGGCUGGGAGCUAAAGGCGUCGACAUCAAGCGGGUGUGGUCGGACAUCAUCGCCCUCGUGAUCAUGACCGUCAUGGCUGUGGUGCCGGAACUGAAAGUUUACCACCAAGCAGAUAUACCACCGGGCAAACCAGGACCCACAUGUUUCCAGGUUUUAGGUUUUGAUAUCCUGCUGAUGAAGAACCUGAAGCCAGUAUUAUUAGAGGUCAACUCUAAUCCCAGUAUGAGAAUAGAACAUGAGCAGGAAGUGGCACCGGGGGUUUUUGAAUACGUUCCCAGUCCAGUGGAUGAGGAGGUCAAAGUGGGAGUGAUCAGAGACACGCUACGCCUCAUGGAUCCCUUCAACAAGAAACCAGCACCGGUUUCUCAAUUGAAGUCAGGCGGGUUUGAACACGUGGAGGAGAUCCCAUUGGAUCCUGAAUCUCACAGCAGGAGUCCGGACGAGAUGGGAAAUCUGCCCUCCCUGUGUCUGAAACAGGUCUACCCCAAGUACACCAAACAGUUUAACUCCUUGCGGCUGGUGGAGAGAAUCGCAGCUCUCUUCAUUCGUUUCCUCGGGGUCAAAGGCAACAUGCGGCUUGGUCCCACAGCCUUCAGAACCUUCAUCAGGACGUGUAAGCUGAGCAGCAGCAGCUUCAGCAUGGCUUCAGUGGAUAUCCUCUACAUAGACAUCACCCGUCGAUGGUCAUGUACGGCACCUGAGUCCAGAGAAGCAGGAAUGGGCCUGCAGGCCUUCGUUGAAGCCUUUUUCUACCUGGCAGGUCGCAGGUUCAAAUCUCUGGUGCUGAAGGAGCAGGUGGCAGCGCUGCUCAGCCUGUGUGAAGCUCAGCUGGAGCCUCAGCCGAGUGCUGAGGACCGACGCUCGCUGAGCUGCAGCCGGGCCCUGCUGCGGCCCAUCAGAACCCAGACGCUGUGCCCGCCCCACCCCCUGCUCAGCUCCCCUGCUGCUCAGAGACGGGCAGCCAGCCAUCAAAGACUCAAGCCUCGCAUGCUGAGAGCUAACGUGGAGAACUGAUGAGAGGGAACAACCCUGAAAACUGCCCACUCCCCAGGAGGAGGUGCGGUUCCUCCUCUUCAUCUCCCGAGGAGGACCAGCUCCAGGCACACCGACUGAUCAUCAGAGGACUGCUGUCAGCCUGAUUACGUUUUCUUCCACAGAGGAAGGUGUCCCCGGGGGUGGGGGUGGGAUAUCUAAGGAGACUGGUGGUAUACGUUUAAGUCAGGGACUUUAUCCCUUAUUACAAAACAAAAACUGCUGUAGUGGAAUCAAAUUUUCAUUUUACUAACAUGUUAGUUUUAAUGAUUGUGUACAGGGAGGAAGAGUAGGCAGGACGGAGUAUAGCUCCAAAAAUACACAAAUGGCAGCACCUGAAAACCGGAUAAUAAGAAUUUACUGCAGAACAACAGAAGGAGGUGAAGAAUCUUCCUGACUGCUUUUAAUGAAGGGGUGCAGGGGAUCCUGAUUGUAUCACCUUUGCACAGCAGCUCUUAAUUUGCACAGAAAUAACCAUGCUUCCUUGUGUGUGAGGGUGUGUAAAGUGUGUAUUUGUGUUCAGCAGGGUGAUGAGUAUAUGUUGACAGAAAACACAUCAGCUGUUUACUCUCCAUGAGCUCGUUAACGGUGAGUGGGUUAGCUUCAGCAGCUGUCCUCAUUGGACCUCCAAACCGCAUGCUUUAACGGGGCAAUAUUAUGUGUUUCUCAAGCAUAUAUUUAAAAACUAUACCAUAAUAAAGUAUCUAUGUCACCUUUA